AUGGUGACCUCACAAAGAAAAGGAUAUUCAAUUCAGUGUGGCGCUGGAACAAACCACGCAGCAUUAGAUGGCUUUAAUAGUUAUUUUUGUAAACAAAAAUCCCAAAUGAUAACGCUCUUUCACCGUAUCAAAACAAAUUGGGUUCAAGCGCCUCGCAUAAGAAAACCUAAAGGAAAGGGACUUGCCUACUAG